AGCGUGAGUGACUCCAUUUUGGUUUGGUCUGUUGAGCCAAGCACAGGAGCUCAGUGCAAAUCAAUGGCCUCCUAUAAAAUUUAUUUAACUGAACCCUUGUGCAUUGCUGGUGGGAAUUUAAAAUGGUGCAGCUACCAUGGAAAAUCAUAUGGCGAUUCCUCAGAACAUUAAACACAAUUACCAUAUGAUCCAGCAAUUCUACCUCUGGGUGUAUAUCCAAAAUAAUUGAAAGCAGGGACUCGAACAGAUAUUUGUACACUCACAUUCAAAGCAGCAACAUUCACAAUAGCCAAAGGGUGGAAGCAACCCAAAUGUCCAUGGAGGGAUGAAUGGUUAUGCAAAAUGUGGUACAUCUAUACAAUGGAAUAUUAUUCAGUUGUAAAAAGGAAGGAAAUUCUGACACAUGCUACGAAAUGGAAGGAUCUUGAAGAUAUUAUGUUAAGUGAAAGAAGCCAGACCCAAAAAGACAAAUAUUGUAUAAUUCCACUCAUAUCAGGUGCCUAGAGUAGUCAAGGGGAAGUUACUGUUUAAUCGCGAUAGAGUUUCAGUUUGGGAAGAUGAGAAAGUUCUAGAAAAGAAUGGUGGUGGUGGUUACAGAACAAUGUGAGUGUACUUGGUGCCACAGAACUGUAUGCAGUACUUACAAAUGGUUACAAUGGUAAAUUUAGGCCAGGAGUGGUGGCUCAUGCCUGUAAUCCCAGCAUUUUGGGAGGCCAAGGCAGGAGGAUUGAUUGAGGCCAGUAGUUUAAGACCAUCUUGGGCAACACGGUGAGAUCCCCAUCUCUACAAAAAUACAUUUUAAAAAUUUAAAAAUUAGCUGGGCGUGGUAGCACACGCCUGUAGUCCCAGCUACUCGGGAGACUGAAGUGGGAGGAUCACUUAAGCCAGAAGUUCAAGGCUACAGUGAGCUAUGAUCGCGCCACUGCACUCCAGCCUGGGCGACAGAGCGAGACCCUUCUAAAAAAUAAAAAGGUUCCGACUCUGCCACCCCCAACGAGUCUCACUGCGCAGGCGCCGAGCGGUGGGCAGGAGCGGGCGUGGCCUGACUCUGCGCCUGUGCGGAAUUCCAGCUGCGACUGCUGAGGGAGAAAAUGAUGCCCAGGUUGGGCUCCCCGGCCCACCGGCCGAGGAGAGGCCUUCGCUGCACACGCGCAGACCGAGCAUCCGCGUCAAGAGGCGAAGAGAGCGCGCGCUCCCCACGUCCUGCGCGCCUGGCUGCCAGGCAUUCGUCUCAGCCGUGACUCUCGCCAGGCCGGGGCUGGCGCGCCCACGUCUGAAGAGCGAUGCCCCGGGAGAUCAUCACCCUGCAGCUGGGCCAGUGCGGCAACCAGAUUGGGUUCGAGUUCUGGAAACAGCUGUGCGCCGAGCAUGGUAUCAGCCCCGAGGGCAUCGUGGAGGAGUUCGCCACCGAGGGCACUGACCGCAAGGACGUCUUUUUCUACCAGGCAGACGAUGAGCACUACAUCCCCCGGGCUGUGCUGCUGGACUUGGAACCCCGGGUGAUCCACUCCAUCCUCAACUCCCCCUAUGCCAAGCUCUACAACCCAGAGAACAUCUACCUGUCGGAACAUGGAGGAGGAGCUGGCAACAACUGGGCCAGCGGAUUCUCCCAGGGUGAGAAAAUUCAUGAAGACAUCUUUGACAUCAUAGACCGAGAAGCAGAUGGAAGUGACAGUUUGGAGCUCCAGAACAGCUCCAGAGUGAUAAAGGGCUUCGUGCUGUGUCACUCCAUCGCUGGGGGUACGGGUUCUGGCCUGGGCUCCUACCUCCUGGAGCGACUGAAUGACAGGUACCCCAAGAAGCUAGUGCAGACUUAUUCAGUGUUUCCCUACCAGGACGAGAUGAGCGACGUAGUGGUUCAGCCCUACAAUUCACUCCUGACACUCAAGAGGCUGACGCAGAACGCAGACUGUGUGGUGGUGCUGGACAACACAGCCCUGAACCGGAUUGCCACAGACCGCCUGCACAUCCAGAACCCAUCCUUCUCCCAGAUCAACCAGCUGGUGUCCACCAUCAUGUCGGCCAGCACCACCACCCUGCGCUACCCCGGCUACAUGAACAAUGACCUCAUCGGCCUCAUCGCCUCGCUCAUUCCCACCCCACGGCUCCACUUCCUCAUGACCGGCUACACCCCGCUCACUACGGACCAGUCAGUGGCCAGCGUGAGGAAGACCACGGUCCUGGAUGUCAUGAGGCGGCUGCUGCAGCCCAAGAACGUGAUGGUGUCCACAGGCCGAGACCGCCAGACCAACCACUGCUACAUCGCCAUCCUCAACAUCAUCCAGGGAGAGGUGGACCCCACCCAGGUCCACAAGAGCCUGCAGAGGAUCCGGGAACGGAAGUUGGCCAACUUCAUCCCGUGGGGCCCCGCCAGCAUCCAGGUGGCCCUGUCGAGGAAGUCUCCCUACCUGCCCUCGGCCCACCGGGUCAGCGGGCUCAUGAUGGCCAACCACACCAGCAUCUCCUCGCUCUUUGAAAGUUCCUGCCAGCAGUUUGACAAGCUGCGGAAGCGGGAUGCCUUCCUCGAGCAGUUCCGUAAGGAGGACAUGUUCAAGGACAACUUUGAUGAGAUGGACAGGUCUAGGGAGGUUGUUCAGGAGCUCAUUGAUGAGUACCAUGCGGCCACCCAGCCAGACUACAUUUCCUGGGGCACCCAGGAGCAGUGAUUUCCCUCCCCACUACUCCUUCUCCUUCUGGAUGGUAACCACAGCCUCGACCAUGCCUGCUCCCUCUGACCCAGCUUCACCUCAUGGACAACGCUUCUUGGUUCAUCUCUAGCCCAUGAGCUGGUCCUGCUUCCUCCCUUCCAUGCCCUAACUCUUAAUAUGCUUGUUCAGCUCUAAUAAAGUAAUAAAGCUUGGUUGUCAGUAUA